UCGAGCCGCGGGAAGAUGACGACAUUUGUUGACGUUCUGGUAGUGUGGAAAGAUGGCGGCGCGCUGGAGCAGUGAGAAUGUGGUGGUGGAGUUUAGAGAUGCACAGGCUACUGCUAUGUCAGUGGACUGUCUCGGUCUACACGCUGUUCUUUCUGGGAGACGAUUCUUAUAUGUUGUAAAUCUGGAAGCGCCAUCUGAAGCUCCACGCAAAAUCAGCCGUCAGAGCAAAUGGGAUGUUGGGACGGUCCAGUGGAAUCCACACAGAACCGAGGCCCAUUUAUUUGCUGCAUCUAGUAACCAGCGUGUCGACCUGUACGUCUGGCGUGAUGGAUCGGGCGGUCCGCACACAUCUUUGCAAGGCCACACGCGUGUUAUAAGUGAUUUGGACUGGUCCUGGUAUGAUCCAGAAUUGCUUGUCACGAGUUCUGUGGACACAUACAUUUACAUAUGGGAUACAAGGGACACAAGGAAACCGACAGUGGCGUUGUCUGCCGUGGCCGGAGCCUCUCAGGUUAAAUGGAACAAACGGAAUCACUACUGUUUGGCCUCCAGUCAUGAUGGAGAUGUCAGAAUCUGGGAUAAGAGGAAACCCAACACUGCAGUUGAAUAUGUAGCGGCCCACCUUUCAAAAAUUCAUGGUUUGGAUUGGCACCCUGAUAAUGAAUACAUCCUGGCAACUUCUAGUCAAGACAACUCAGUUCGGUUCUGGGAUUACAGACAACCUCGGAAGUAUCUUGAUAUCUUAUCGUGCCAGGUGCCUGUUUGGAAGGCCAGAUACACGCCGUUCUCUAAUGGACUGGUUACAGUAAUGGUUCCUCAGCUCCGGCGAGAGAACAGUCUUCUCCUGUGGAGCACGCUGGAGCUCAACAGCCCCGUUCAUGCUUUUGUGGGACAUGAUGAUGUCGUGCUUGAGUUUCAGUGGAGGCCACAGAAAGAAGGUUCUAAAGACUGCCAGCUGGUCACAUGGUCCAGAGAUCAGACCCUGAGGAUAUGGAGAGUAGACCCUCAACUCCAAAAGCUAUGUUGUGCGAACGAAAUGGAUGAGAUGAUGGAGGGCUUGACCCUCACAGAUACAGAAAAGACGCUGCGGUCCCAAGACUCUGAACCUCCGCUCAGUCCUGGACCAACAGCGGAGAACUCGCAUGAUCAGUUUGAAGGCCUGACUUCAGGUGGUAAAAAUGAUCUUCCAGGUUUGCCCCAAACGCUGCAGCAGGAGUUUUCUUUGGUCAAUCUGCAGAUUCGUAAUGUCAACGUGGAGAUGGAUGCAGUUAACCGCACUUGCUUCGUGUCAGCUGAUUACGGAGCCAGUCGUGUCCGCCUCGUCGUAAAAUUCCCUGCCCAGUAUCCCAACAAUGCAGCUCCGUCUUUCCAGUUUGUUCCUCCAACAAACAUCUCGUCUUCCAUGAAGACCAAGAUACAAAAGAUCUUGACUGAUACGUCGCUUCAAAAGGUGAAAAGGAACCAGAACUGCUUGGAGCCGUGUGUUAGACAACUGGUGUCUUGUUUAGACUCGGACAUGGAGGACGGUACAAACCCCUACGUGUCUACCAUCCCGGUGACACCUGCUCUUCCUGCUUUUCCUCGAGUGACCAACACUUACGGCUCGUACCAGGAUGCCAACAUCCCAUUUCCCCGAACCUCAGGGGCGCGCUUCUGUGGGACAGGUUCCUUGGUUUAUUUCACUCGGCCCAUGAGCAUGCAUCGGACGGUCCCUACAACUGAACCCACUCCCAGGUCGCUGUCGGCUCUCUCUGCGUAUCACAGCGGGGUGAUGACACCCAUGAAAAUGAGAACAGAGUCUCAGUCCACGCUAAGACUGUACAGCGGGAGUCCAACACGCACGGAUAAAGAUCAAGUCUCCAUCUCAUCCUUUUACUACAAAGAGCGAAAGCCCCCUCUGUUCGCCUCCCGUCGCUGGUCUGUGCAGACUAUUCAUGACUGUCCGAAAUCACGGCGGUGGAAAGGCAAGCGAGAAGGAUCGGACUUCAGCAACAGACCCAUUAAACUGGCUGGCAAAGUCAUUAUUCAGGAAAUCUCCUGUCUGCUUCCAGUGCACAAAGCGCUCGGGGAAACAUACGUGCUAAAUGUUAAUGACAUACAGGACACUUGUCAGAAGAAUGGAGCAGCGGCACUGGCAGUGGGCCGUAGGGAUUUAGCAAAGGUUUGGGCACUUUCCUCAGCUGCCACGAACUUUGACCUUAAUCCAGAUCCUGAUCCUGAUGCUGGGACACCGUGGGCCAAACAUCCUUUUGGGCGACAACUGUUAGAGACCUUGCUUGAGCACUACAGUCAAAUGAGUGAUGUUCAGAGUCUGGCCAUGUUGUGUAGCGUCUUCAGAGGUCACAGUAGUCCUCAGGAAUACUUCAGUUUAUACGGACAUCAGCAGCCACGACCAGCCAUCUUCACAUCUCACCAUUCACGUUAUCCCAGCUUUACCUCAGGUUCUGUAACAUCUGGGUCGUGUUCAAGUACCUCAGAUUCUGUACCAACUGCUUGGACAAUGGUUUCUGGUGGUCGUGAAUCAGAACAUGCACCGCCGUGGGUAGAAUCUUCCCCAGAUGAUUAUCGAUUGGCAAAUCAGAUUUACGCUGACCCACGAGAGCGAGAAAAAGAGCAGCAUGACAUGAACAAAAGGUUAUUGGAUCCUUCCAAUUCUUUGCAGUUUGAUGAUUUUAAGAAAUGUUACGGCGAAAUCCUGCACCGCUGGGGCUUGAGGGAAAAGAGGGCAGAGGUUCUCAAAUUUGUUUCUUGUCCUCCAGAACCCCACAAAGGCAUAGAGUUUGGCGUUUACUGCUGUCACUGUCGCAGUCAGGCCCGUGGCACCCAGUGUGCCGUCUGCAAGCGCUUCACUUUCCAGUGUGCGAUCUGUCACGUGGCCGUACGCGGUUCCUCAAACUUCUGCCUGAGCUGUGGCCACGGAGGACACACCAGUCACAUGAUGGACUGGUUCCGAUCUCAGGACGUCUGCCCCACCGGUUGCGGCUGCCAUUGCCUUUUGCAAAGCACUUUCUGAACGUUAAAAACCCUGAAGACUUAAAUCAUCAGUUUACACAACAAAAUGAAAAUUCUGUCAACAUUUACUCAGUGACAUUUUUAACAUUUCUGUAUGACCUUCUCUCUUCUGUGAAACAGUACGAGAGCGUUUGAUAGAUUGUAUUGGUAGUAAUUAGUCCCUAUGGGGAUUAAGUAAAAUUAUAUUAAAAGUAGUAUAAAGCUUUGAUAUGGCUUAAUGAAAUUCGGAAUAUAAUGCAUGGGUCAAUAUGUACCAUUUUUAUGGUGCUUUUGUGUUUGUUUGUUUUUUUUUAAGCUUCACUUCCCAUUUAUUGUAAGUACUGACAGAAUUUUAUUUUUUGUUAGCUGUUACUUUAAGAGAGCAAAGUUUGAUUUUAUCAGGAUAUGCCUCAUAAUUCUUGGUACUGUAAGAACUACUCUGUGAAGACGUUGAGAGAAACAGACUAACAACAACUGACUGUUUAUUGGUUAAAUUAUGUUCUGUGAAGGAGACUCAAAGCCUAGUUAGUGAAGGUUAAAUUGUGAAAUUGUGCACAUUUCUACCUUUUGAAUCGAGUAUAUUAUGUAUUUGCUUUACAGGUUGCCAACAAAUUCAUCUGUAAAGCAUUUAAAAGGGAAAGAAAUUUAUACCUAGUUGUUGAUUUUUUUUAUUUUUGUUAAACCAUGAUUUUUUCUGAUGUUUUGGUUGCUCUUUUCAAGUUGAAAAGAUCAUUUAAAAGAUUGUUUUUGAGAUGUCUUAUGGAUAAACCAGUAUUUACAGUAUGUGUGCCAUAAGAAUGUAAAAAGGUUUGAGAGGACAGUUAUCAGUAUGCCAAUUGAUUUGUAGUAAUGCUGCAAGAAAUCUUUCUGUAAACGUAUUGAAUGUCUUCAUAACAAUGCAAAUAAUCUUUUUUCAUUACUACCUCGUAAAUCAACAGGCAAAAUUUAUAUUGUUUUUUUUUUUAACUUAAUAGCAAAUAAAGCUAAUAAGAAUGUAA